AUGGCUUCAGAUGACUUUCUGCCCCAUUUUAUACUCAAAGAAGAUAAUGAAUGUGAACCGUGCACAAAAAAUGGAAGCCCAAGUUAUUCUCCUAGCAGGCAUUCCAGAGGCACCCAAAGCAAUGGUAAUGAUAAAGUUAAUAACUGCAAUAAACCUUCCAGUCAAUGUGGACAAAUUCAGCUUGAUUGUUCCAAUGACUUUCAUGCUACCACUUCAAGGAGGGCUGGCAGCAGCAGCAGCAGUUGUUCAGAACAGAUCAACUGUGGAAGUUCUCAGAAUUACUAUAAUGACAAUUUCCAGACAUACUCAGCUGAAACUUCUAGAAGAUGCAGCAUCAGAAGCUGCUGCAGUAAUACUUUAGAACAAUCAGACACCAAAGAAGAGGAAUUACCAACAAAGAAAAUGGGAACGGAUCUCCCAGCCAAAGGGGGAAAGACAUUACUUAGAAGGAAAAAGCAGCAAAAGAUUAAUUUUGAUAUCAGCAAUGUUAUAAAUUCCCAGAAGAAUAAUGUGGCUCGUCGCUUAUUGUCAGCCAGACUUCACAAAGUUAAAGAGCUAAAGAAUGAAGUGUUUGUUUUGAACAAUAAAUUGGAGGCAUCUAAUAUGGAAAACCAGAUCUUGAAGAGGCUGCAGAUUCAGCAUUUGAAAGCAAUAAGUAAAUACGAAAAUGCAGAGAUUAACCUGCCUGAUCUUAUGACAAAACAGUGUAGUGAAGUGAAAACGCUAAGGACACUGCUCAGAAAAUCACAGGAGCAGGAGCGGAAUGCAUCCAGGAAGCUUAGAGAAGUGGAAGCACAACUGUUAAAGACAAAAGAUACCUUGCAGGCACUGCAGAAACUUUCUGAAGACAAGCAUCUUGCUGAGAGAGGAGAACUUAAACACAGAUUAACAGGCCUUACACAAAGGAUGGCUGCUAGUGAUAAGAAAAUUCAGGACCUGGAAAAGCAACUGGCAUUGAACAAUACAUCCUUUAUUCAUCAGUUAGCUGUUGAAAAGAAAAAGACACUUGAUGCUCAGUUGGUUACUACAAGUUUGAAAAUGGAAAUCAAGUUGCUUAACCAAAAAAUUAAUGAAAAAGAAAGAGAACUUGCAAUAAGAAAUAUUUAUGCAAACCGGAUGCUUAAAGACCAGAAGAAGAAAGAUGACUCAGAGUCUGUCCCAGAAGAAGUUAAUGUCAACAUAUCAGUACAAGUAGAUAUGAAUCUGGAAAUGUUGCCUUUCCAAAAGCAUGAGAGAAAGCAAAGUGCAGUUCUCUCAAAAGAGGUUCUAACAAGAAAGGAUGUAUGUGCAAAAGAUAAGUUGAAUGAUGUAAAUGAAGAGAUGGAACCAAAAGCAGAGGCUCAUCAAACAGAACAAUUACCAGUGCAGGAAGUUUCAAAUAGAACAUACUCAGAGUUAUUAGUGGAAGAUAUAUCUCUAAGCAAAGAAAAAUAUUUUAAAUGUGAAAACAUGGAAAGACAGAAGAACCGAAGAGAUAGGCAAGGAUUAGAUUUAUUGAAAGAAGAGUUUGAGAAAUUAUGUACAGAAGAAUCACUCCAGUCUACACAUGACAAUGAGCAAAAAGAGAACAAUCUGGGAGAAACUGCAGCUGAAAUUCAAGAAAAUGAAAGCAAGAGAGAAGAGCCAAAAGAAGUAAUAAGUGAUAAAUUGGAAACAGUAAUACAAAGUCACAGAACACCAUCUAAAUUAAAGAAACACUACAUAUUUACAGAAGCUGUUGAAAAUUUGCAUCAGGGAUUCCCUUCAACGAGACGGUUGUCCAAUACAAGUACCACAGGUAAUAGCAGGCAGGUUAAUAGAUAUUCAAGUGAUAUUGCUGAGUUUAAGGGAAGUGACUCUACCAGUGUGUAUGAGCCAUCAUUUGGGAAGACUAUCAAAACAAAGCAGGACACUUCAGUACACAGUGAAGAUCAGAUUCCUACAGUAUCAGCAGAGAAGAAAAACACUCUUAUGGAAGAACUCUUUGGGACGAGCUCCAUCUUGAAAGACAGUAAUUUGAAACCUAAUUUUGAAAAGGUGGGUAAGGAAAAAAAAGUUUUACAGAAUGAAAAGUUUUGUGAGGACAUUUCAUACAUGCAUGAUAGCUUUCAGUGUGGUGAUUCCAAGCAAACGCCCAUAAAGGCUUUUGAUACAGUUGCCUUCUUGGAAAACCUUAAAUAA